GAUAAGUCUGCUUUGCUCGAUAUUCAAGAUAGAAUGUAACUGAAAUGAGUGUGGUAUGGAGUUGAUAUAACAAGACAAACAAAACAGUUUCACGGAAGAAGAAUGCACAGAUUGCCUUUAGUGGUCAGGGGCGAAUGGGGAGCGAAGAAAGCGAAAGCAACGGUCAAGUUGAAGCAUCCAAUACGCAAAAUAUGCUUCUGCUGGAACCCCGGGGUGCCAACUUGUGACAACCAGGAGGACUGUAUGAUCACGGUCAAGAAAAUGCAGAGUGACCACAUGAAAAUGGGACUGAUGGACAUACACUACAAUUUUAUAGUUGGUGGUGAUGGACUGAUCUAUGAGGGUAGAGGGUGGCGCGUGAGGUCUGCUAAGUCAAGAAAUACACCUAAGACGCACGGUCUUAGACUGGACAUCGGCUAUAUAGGGAAUGAAAAAGUGGAUCCGUUUCAACCACCCCACAAGCAAUGUCCGCCUGCACUUAAGCUCAUACACUACGGCGUCAACUACAAGUUCAUCGUGCCCAUAUAUGACGUGUUUAAAGAUUCAAAACCUAUAGAACACACUCCUAGUCCUGAUGACGACAUUAAUCUUUUAUAGAGGGUGAAAACUUGAUCUAACAUUUG